AUGGUUUCCUUUUCGUGCGAGGCGUGCGGUGAUGUUUUGACAAAGAAAAAGUUGGAUCCUCACCGCAGUCGCUGCCACGGAGCUACUUUCACCUGCAUCGAUUGCAUGGUUCACUUUCCCGGAGUGCAAUAUCGCUCCCACACUUCUUGCAUAAGCGAAGAUAAAAAGUAUCAAGGUGCCUUAUACAAGGAGAAAACGAGAAAACCAAAAAACACAAAGGCUGCUGAUUCGCAGCUCAAUAACCUUGCCGACACCAUGUCGCUGCAGCCUUAUGUUGAGGAUGCUAGAGAAGAUCGGGCGUACGAACCUUGGAACGGCUCGCCAGGACCGGCUGAAGACGCACCAUCUCAUGCUGGAGCCCUUCCCGAGGCUCCCUCACCUCCUGCUGCCGUCACCGAGGCGCAUGUCAAUGUCUUUGACUUCCUGGUUGCUACUGGACAAACUCCCAAUGCAUCCAACAUGAGUCUAGCUCUUGAACAGGAAAACCUCGAUGUGGCUGGCAGCACCUCUUUGGUACGAUACCAAGAACGAGUUUCCGAAGAUUAUCCCACGCAAGAUGAUUUAAAAACUCUCCAUGCCGCUGGCCCUGUGCCUUCGAACGAAGCUUUCAUCACCCCAGGCUCCAAGACCGAACGACACCGAAACCGGGGUAGCGACCCCAAGAAAGAGAGGAAGCGUAAGCGUCUCCAUGUCGACGUGCCCGGGGACGAGAUCAUGACGGACGCCCCCCCAGUUCUACACUCGGGGCUUACAGACGGCCUAAAAGGACUAAUGCGACCCGUCUACCCUCCCUCACCUGACUACUCUGGAGGUGACGCAGGCGACAACUCACCAGCUAGUCCUUUGAAGAAGACGAAGCAUUCAAAACGCCCCCGAGGCGAGCAGGUCAGCCACAGCCUGUUCGACAUGAUCACCCGCGGUGUCAUUAAAUCUCCAAAGAAGUCAAAGAAGACGUCAAAGAUGUCAAAGAAGCACUCUCACCGCCACCGAGAGAACAAGGAUCCGAAACUGAUUGAAUUCCGACCACAGUCCAAGGAUAGUAAGGCUGACAGCAAUGGUCAUUUGGUUGUCUUCAAGCCGCGUGCCGAUGCCUUUUUGUCCUUUGUAAAUAAAGGACCCGAGAGCGAACGAGGAUGUAGCAUGAAUAAGGCUUUGAAACGCUUCCAUCGGGAACGUCAAGCUUCAGGCUCCAGUUUGCCCAGGUCAACGGAAGAAAAGGAACUCUGGCGAACCCUGCGCAUGAGACGAAACGAGCGUGGCGAAAUAAUCCUCUUCACGGUCUGA